UUGACAUUUCUUCUUGUACACAUAAGCGUCUCUAUGUCUGUAUAUCUUAGUUAAUAAUGUAUAAACCAACCACUGAUCAGCAGCAUGAUGUCUACGAUAGCAGAAAUACUGAAAAUUUUGUUAAGAAGUCGUUGAAUGGGCUGAUGCAAGAUGUAAAUUCAUACAUUUCAGAGCUGAAUGAGGAGCAACAUCACUCUGAUCGACAACAAUAUUCACCACAACUGGAAAACCAUCAUAAUGAUAGCACUUCCUUUGGAUACAUGGAUACUAAUACAUUUACUCCGUACCCACUACCUAUGCCGCAUGUAGACCCACAGCGUCAAUAUCAGCAUCAAUUGUCACCGGGCUAUCACAUAAGGUCGUCCUCUUCAUCGUCUGUCAAUCAUGAGAAACAUCAUUCUGUUAAUUCUAGUACGGAUUAUUUAACCAGCAGCAAUAAAUAUAGUGAUGACAUAAACCUACCUAUGCCAGAACCAUAUCAUCCUUAUUCAUCACUCAACUAUCAUUCUCAAUCAAAGCAAAAGCUUACAUACCCACCGAUGAACACUUCAGCCACUAUCAUUGAACCAUCAAUAGCUAUGCCCACACCAGAUCACUACUACAACAAUAAAAAUACCGGUUUGCACGAUCAGUCACCACUGCAAUUACAACAAAAUCACUCACAAUAUCAAACGAUUCCACCAUUAGAUUACGUAGAUACAUAUAUAAAGAAGCAGCAGCAAGAAAAGAUUAAUAUAUACGAUCUUGAGGAGAUUUGUGAUGAAAGAAGUAACUUCUCAACCAUCAAUCCCGGUUUUGCUCUUUCACGAUUAAAGCAUUUUUCAUCCAAUACCUCCUCUUCUAAUUCCAUCGCUUCUUCCGUACACGCUCAGUCUAAUUCGUACGCUUUUCUUUCCAACUUGAGCAAAGCGUUUGUCAAGCGUAUUCAAGGCUUAGAGCAUGUAAGAGAAUUAUUUUGCGCUAAUGAAUACCCAGAAUCUUUCACAGGACAAGAAGCCAUUACAAUAUUGAACAGUUUAUUAGAUGGCAUACGGGAAAGCUACUGUGUUUCCAUCGCUAAUGCAUUAAUGCACGCAAAACCUUCCUUAUUCGAACCGAUCCAUUAUUCUCAAAAAUCAAUCAUCCAGGACAGGCUUUUCAACUCGCCGGAUGAGUACUAUACACUUCAUGAUGAUGUUGAUCCCCUGGGGGAAGGAGGAAAUAUUCCCACCGGCAUACUGACGAAUUUGUUAGACUGUUAUACUGCUGAUUGUUUGCCAGGCAAGGGCGGUUGCUAUGCCCCUAAAUGCCCUAAUAAACCGGACGUUUUUGAGCAAGAGUUUAAUCAAUAUGAAAAUACAGAGACUAAUACGAAGCGGCUUUUAUUUUCAUCCGGACAGCAACAAGAAGAUCAAAGUAGUACUGCAGCAGCAAUAGCGCAGCAAACAGCUUGGUCACAACGUGUCUCAAAAGAGCUAUUGCAAUCACUGACGAAGAAGGAAAUUGAAAGGCAAGAAGCCAUCAAUGAACUGAUUUAUUCUGAAUAUGUCUAUAAGAGAGAUUUGGAGACGCUAGCUGAAGUCAUUAUCGAACCCAUUCUGACAAAGACAAUUAUACCCACUGCCAAGAGAGAUGAUUUUGUGAAAGAAGUAUUCGCGAAUUAUAGAGAAUUGAUCGAAACCAGCAAUGCCUUAUAUCAAGAUCUUCUACAGCUCCAACAUGAACACAAUCAUGAAUGUAUACCAACGGUGGGAGAUAUUUUAUUGAAACAUUUUGCAUAUUUCGAGGAGCCCUUCACAAAAUAUUGCCCGCGAGUAUCGUUGGCUGAAUACUUGGUUAAAGCAGAAGAACGGCACAACCCUCAUUUCGGAAAGUUCAUCGUCCAUACUGAGCGAAAUAAGCGUAUGCGCCGUCUAGCGUUUCGUCAUUUUCUGCUCAACCCCGUAACUCGUGUGCAGCGUUACCCUUUACUGUUGGAUGCGAUUAUCAAAAAAACAGAAGAUACGCAUGCUGAUUAUCUGUACUUGGCUAAGGCUAUCGAUAUGGUAAAGAAAGUUGCAUCCAUGUCCGAUCAGUUAGCAGAAAUCUACAAGCGAAGAGUAGGCAUUCUAGAGAUCAAUGAUCUUAUUACGUUUAAGCAAGGCGAAUUCCAAGAUUUACAGCUUACACAACCACAGCGUAAACUUUACUAUCAAGGCGAUCUUAAGCGCAGAAGCAACGGAAUCGAAGUAACAGAAAAAUCAGAUAUACAUAUUUUUGUUUUUGAUCAUAUAGUAUUGAUGACGAAACCAAGAAAAUCGACAGCAUCCUCUCAUUCAUCUUCGUCGUCUACGACUCUACAGUCAUUGCCAUCAUAUCAGCAGCAACUCUACCCUCAGUACGAUGAAUAUCGAGUGUGGAGACGACCCAUUCCGUUACAACUGCUACACGUUGGUGUCACUUCAGAUUAUAGUACAAGCUCCUCAACCUUUUAUAGUUCUCCAAAUCAGUCAUCUUUCUCUGGUGCAGGGGCUGCUACAGGAACAUCGACACCGCCAAGGAAUUUUAAUUUAUCAAUAUCCACAGGUUAUGUUGUGAGUGGGUCAGCAUUCACUGUACCAAGCAACAGCGGUAUAUCUUCUUCUUCUUCCACGUCUCAUCAGAAUGGAGGCACAGCAACUAGCUUUCAUCACUCUCAUCAUGGUUCCUCUUAUUUGUCCUCUUCAGGCUUAACGCCUCUGACAUUGCAUCAUUUAGGUCAGCGAGGUGGGGUCUAUACAUUUUUAUGUAGUUUAGACGAGAAGCAGAAAUGGUUGCAAGCCUUUGAAGAAGCUAAGCUGUCUUUAAAAAAGCGAUUGGGCGACGAUGUGUUUGAUUUGAUCUUGUUGGAUGACAGCUCUUUCCGUUAUGUAGCAGCAACAAAUGGAACAUCGAAACAUGGAAGGGUGAACUGUACUGUCCCAUUUGCGUCUUCAAAUAAUAUACAAAUGUUGGCAGUAGGUACCGAUACAGGGGUGUAUCUUAAAUCAUUCGAUAGUCCUGGUAUAAAGAGAGUACUUUCCAGUGAAACUGUGACCCAGUUGGCAGUACUCGACAAAUGCCACAUUCUGUUGGUUCUAGCAGAUAAAACAUUGAAAGCUUAUCCGUUAGAUUUAAUCGAUUCGUCACCUUCUAAUGGGAAAACCUCCCUCGAAAAGCUGGGUCAAGAAAUAGCGCAGCAUGUUCAUUUCUUUCAAGUGGGACAUUGUAAUGAUAAAGACCUUGUUUUAUUUAAGAAGAAGAAAAAUACUUCCAGUAUUUUCACGGCACUGGAGCCACUCUAUGAUUUAAGGGAUCCUAAAAACCAGAAAUAUAUUGGACAAAAACCAGGCUUCAAGCUUACGAACAGGUCGAAUCAUUCAUGGUUUAAAAAAUACAAGGAAUUUUAUGUGGGCGCGGAAUCAAGUAAUGUUCACUUUUUAAAAUCGAAAUUACUCAUUGUUUGUGAAAGAGGGUUUGAAAUCAUUGAUCCUGAGAACCUAAGCGUGGGUGGCAGAGAUAUCCCUGACAAAGGGGAUCCUCAAUUCAACUUUGUACAUCGAAAUAUUGAUUCCAACAAACCACUAGCCAUGUAUCGCGUUCACGAUAAGUUCUUGCUAUGUUACAACAAAUUUGCAUUUUAUGUGAACAAUCGAAAUGGCUCCUUGGUGCAACGAGGACCGCAAAAGCCACCUGUCUUGUGUGAGUGGGAAGGAAACCCUGACCAUAUAGUGUAUCAAUACCCUUAUAUUGUAGCAUUUGACCCUCAAUUUAUUGAAAUUCGUCAUGUAGAUACUGGCGAUCUCGUGCAAAUCAUCCCUGGCGACCAAAUCAGACUAACCAAUUAUCAAACGAUGAAUGAUUUAACCAUUAUUCAAGGCUGUAUGACCCACUUAUCUAGGCCUGAUAUUCAGACUUUAUUUUGUUUGAAUUUGAAAUUGCAGCGAAGCAACAAUAACCCUCGUAAACACAUUGUAGAAUAGAAUCAUUCUUUCAUUUAGUAUUAAACUGUAUAUUUAGUGUAAUUAAAUGUAACUUAGCAUAAACUUUAUUGGUAUUUCUUUGAAGCUG